CGCUGUUACCCGCCGCACCGCGACUUACAACCGCCACCUAACUCUAACUUUCCCUCCAUUCCUUUGCAUCCUUUGCGUGCACUUCGUGCAACCGGCGAUACCAAUAAUUUAACUGUAUCCUUAUUUCUGCCCGUCAAUGCCAGUGCAAGACCGCACGAACGAAUUUCGAGCAUGCGUGGAGUCUAUACGAAAUCGCUCAUCACUCCCGCAACGCGGUGUGGAAGCGAAACAAAGGUUGCUUCUGCAGCAGAGAAGUGCGGAGAGCAAGUCCGAAUUUAGUCGGACAGCGGCUGCUAUUGCGAAGGAUAUCAGUAAUAUGACCGUCAAGCUGGGGAAGCUGGCACAGCUGGCGAAAAGGAAGACACUUUUUGACGACAGACCUGUGGAAAUUAGCGAGCUCACGUAUAUAAUCAAACAAGACAUUGCGAACAUCAACAAGCAGAUUGCAUCCUUACAGUCACAGCUGAAGCAGCGCGAUGCCCAAGGCGCGUCAAAGUCUCCGGAAGGAAAGCAGCUGGAGGAGCACAACCACAAUGUGGUGAUGCUGCUGCAGAGCAAGCUCGCAGACACGAGUAUCACAUUCAAGGACGUGCUCGAGAUCAGGACACAGAACAUGAAGGAGUCCAAGGACCGAACAGAACAGUUUAUGCACUCCACAACUGCUGCUGCGAGCCAAGCGCCUUCAAAUUCUCUCCUGUUUGGCAACGCGCAACGACAGGAUCCGAUGGGUGACGGCUCAGCCGUGGCAUCCCGCUACGAUGUCAAGGGUAAAGGACGCGCAACUCCCCAACCCAAUGGCGACAUAUUGGCAUUGGAUCUUGGAGCAGCUGAGGAGGGAAGCACGGCUAAGGGGGACGCGUUCAUGCAAAUGCAGCUGGUUGAGCAGCAGGACAAUUACAUUCAAUCCCGGUCCACAGCAAUCGAGUCCAUCGAGGCCACCAUCGCCGAACUCGGGCAAAUAUUCACACAACUGGCACAGAUGGUAGCGGAGCAGCGAGAGACAGUGCAGCGGAUAGACGCGGAUACAGUGGACAUCGCGUCCAACGUGAGCGGUGCGCAGCGGGAACUGCUCAAAUACUAUGCCAGCAUAUCAAGUAAUCGGUGGCUAAUGCUGAAGGUUUUUGGAGUACUCAUUGUCUUUUUCCUCGUUUUCAUCUUGGUUUCAUGAUAUAUGGACCUAUCGCAUAUGGAUGUAGGUAGAUGUAGGACCGUGGCUUCUAUUCACUCCCGGUACGACCGGACAAGUCGAUUUACGCUAACCAUUCGGACCAGGCUACAACCUGCAUCCUCCCAUCGGCAAUCCGCCAGUAGCCGGCGGGUGCAGCACCGAGCAAGCGUCUUGGUCCGCAUCCCCCGUCCCCUUUACAACAUUCACGCUUGCAGCCGCGAAUAUUUCCUUACCGACAGCACUUGGACGUAAUCAAUUGUAACCUUGGAGGACGCAUUCCAAGUGUUGCUCAACAGAAGUAGACAGUCGCUCCUCUGAUCAACGCGAGCUCAGAAGUAGCGAUGUACUUUGAGCCGAAUUUGAGUAGCGCAUGGGGAAUUGCACUUCGUGGUUAAUGCUGUAGGCGUUGCAAACUUUGAGAG